AUGAGCAACUUCAGCAGCAAGCCGUGGUGGAUGGUGCCUGCCAACUUUAAUGCUCCAAUGGAAUUGUACAUUGAAGAGGAGCAGGAGGAGCAAAUAUUUGGCCGCGGUGACAUGUACCUUCGCAGCAUUGAGGUACACAGCCACAGCCUCAUCCAGGUGGAGAGUUGGUUCACAGCCAAGGGACAGACUCGGGUCAGCGUCGUUGGACCCCAUCAUGCACGCCAGUGGCUGAUGCACAUGUUCUGGAGCUUGGGACACCCAGACUCUUCCCAAAAGGCCCAAGGCCUCCAGAUGCUGCAACGUGUCCAGAAUCAACAACUGACCAAAAAUGACUUCGGCACUUCUGUCAGGAUGCAGCCCAACACCGGUGACUUGUCUUUGGCCUCCAGAUUCAGUGGGACCGUCUGUCUUGAUGUUCUGCCAGCUGCCAGUUUCCCCUGGAGUGGUUGUUUUUGA